AUGUCUGCCAGCCCUUCGUCCACGGCUGGUGGCGACACCAAGCCGUCGGAUCAAAUUCACUUCAAAUUCUGCCGUGAAUGCUCCAACCUGCUCUACCCCAAGGAGGAUCGUGUCAACAACCAGUUGAUGUUUACGUGCCGCACCUGCCAUGUUGGCGAGCCUGCUUCCUCUCACUGUGUCUACCAAAACCACCUCCACAGCCAAGUCGGCGACACUGCCGGUGUCACUCAGGAUGUGACAUCUGACCCCACGGACGAGGAUCUCCUCGAGUUUGCGCCGCCUGUGGGUGAAAGCCUAGAGUCCUCUGAAGUCGAGCCCCGGGCGUCUCCCCCAGCUCUGUAA